AUGGCGAACGGACUUGUUCGACUACUGAUCUACUCGCUCGGUGUCCUCUCCAUCGCGAAUCGGGCUUCAGGAGACGCUCCCUCUUUCCAGUCGAUCCUUGCCAAUGACAAUAUUGAGGUACAUGUCGCUGGUCAAGCGGGAUAUCAGAACGCCUCGCGGGCGUUCAACCUCCGUCUUCAGCUCCAGCCCGCCGCCAUAGCAUAUCCUGGCAGUGUCGAGGAGGUCUCGGAUCUAGUCAAGGCUGGUGCAUCUCUAGGCAUACCCGUAUCCGCUCGGUCAGGUGGACAUUCUCAUGCUGCUUACGGUCUCGGUGGUACGGACGGCCAUCUGGUAGUCGAUCUGGCUCAUUUGAAUGACAUCGAAGUCGACAAUUCCACUGGUAUUGCUAUGAUCGGCACUGGGAGUCGGCUAGGGGAUAUCGCAAUUAGGCUCUUCAACCAGGGAGGGCGUGCGUUGCCACAUGGUGUCUGUCCUCUUGUCGGCAUAGGUGGCCACGCUAGUCAUGGAGGAUAUGGCUUCAACAGUCGUUUAUGGGGUCUCACAAUGGACAACAUCAUUGGCGCCACCGUUGUCCUCGCGAAUGGAUCGAUUGUUGAGGCCUCAGCUACACAGCAUCCCGAUUUAUUCUGGGCCGUACGUGGAGCGGCGCCUUCGUUCGGUAUCGUUACGCAUUUCCAGUUCCAAACCUUCGUUGCACCGACACAACCGACGUACUUCAGCUACAACUGGUCCUUGCCGUUGGACCAGUCCAUCGAAGCUAUAUCCCUCUACCAGGACUUCUCUUUCGCUCCCUCGAUACCGAAGGAAAUUGGAUUUGAACUCAAUCUCUACAAAGGCGUCGAACAGGGCGAGAUUCUUCUAAACUUCUUGGGAUCAUAUUACGGCAACCCGGACGAAUAUGACGCCAUUGUAAAGCCCUUUCUUGACGUGAUGCCCAAUCCGACGUUUUCGCCGCAGGUUGAAGUGACCACAUGGCUUGAGAAUAUGGAGCUCCUUGCCGGACCUGGCGUACCUCUCGCAAGCACGCCGACCAGUAUCGCCGCCAACCAUGACUCGCACUACACCAAGAGCCUCACGACCCCAUCGGAUAUGCCUAUGUCGCAGGAGGCUAUAACCGCACUUGCAAGUUGGAUGUCGGCGGAAGGAUGGCGCACAAAGACGUACUGGUUUGUCCAGCUAGAGCUGUACGGCGGCAAUGGCUCGCAGAUCGAUGCGAUGCUCUCGAAUGCGACGGCAUAUGCGAACAGAAACGCUUUGUGGAUCCUACAGCUCCGAGCAUCAAGCCCGACUCACCUGCCACCAUAUCCGGAAGAGGGUUUCGCAUUUGUUGACGGUCUCGUCAACUCAAUUACGACCAAUGUUCCAGACAAAUAUCAAUAUGGAGCGUACCCGAACUACGUCGACCCACGCUUGACUCCCAAAGAAUGGCAUAAGCUUUACUACGGGACCAACUAUCGUCGUCUCCGGAAGAUCAAGACGCAGGUUGACCCGAAUGGCGUGUUCACCUUCCCGCAGUCCAUUCCUCCCCUGCAGUAA